AUGUCGCAACAGUAUGGUCCAGUUGGAGAUCUUAUGGAUCAUCAGAGAUCACCGCCAAUAAAUCAACAUGCAGGUUUCGACCCAAUGUUACAUGGCAUGUCGCAGCAUCAAGCACGAUUUGAGCAAUCUCCGGAUAUGCAACCGUUCAUGGAAGGAAACUCGACAUUCUCUCAUGGAAUACCGGUUGACAAUGGUCCACCAAAUCCAGCUUUGUACCAAUCUAUCCCGGAAAGUUCACCAUAUAUGGAACAAUAUCCUACCACCGGCUGGCAGCAGGAUGUGCAAGGCCACUUUACGCCAGUGCUCUGGUCCAAUGCAUAUGUCAACGAUGAUCAACAGCCGAUAGGUGUUCCACAUCAGUGGCACGGAGAAGGCUUUGUCAGUCCAAAUAUACCGGAACCAACUCCGACACCUCCAGGGGCAUUUUAUGGUUACGAGACGACAACAGAGCGAACACAUCCAACACAGCACCAAAUACCUCCACAAAACAUUCCUGUCAUGGCUAACAAUGCACCCUUGCAAACACAGCCUGAUCGUAGUGGAAUUCUAAAUGAGGCAGCUAUUGAAGUCCAUGACGAGGACUACUAUGAUGUUGAUACUGAGGACGAGAUGUUUGAUAUGGAUAACGAAUUCGAGGCACAAAACAUCAAUGGGGGAAAAGCACGCACUCACGGCUAUUCCAAAUAUGGACUCGAUGCAGCCAAAAUGGAUGCCCGGCAAUUUGACACAUUUGUGUUCAGCGGCGCCAUAGACAGCUACCGACCCGAGCAUGUUGCGAAUCCAUUGAAAAAUCCAGCCACGGCCAGGGUGUUUGCUCAUUUCAUGUCAGAAACUGCGACGAUAUUGACCACUUCGGCAAGACAAAUUUGGCGACUAAAUCCAUCUUCUUCCGACAGCAAGGCUAUGCCAAUGGGUGCUUCCGAGACACCCUCACUCAAGCACUAUGCAUACGCCCUCAAGAGGAUUCACAGUUGCGUUGGCAAUCCAAAGAAGAGACUUUCGGUACCCGUCCUCGCGGCAUCACUAUUGCUUGGUUACUACGAAUGUAUGGCUGCCAACCAUGCUAAUUGGCAGAGUCACAUUAAUGGCGCUCGACAAUUAGUGGUGGAGAUAGAUUUCGCUGGGAUGACCAAAACUUUCAAACAGAUGAAGACUGUCAAGGCGCGGCAAGACCAACAGAUGCCGCGAUUUUCGGCUACUGGCAUCCCGCAAAUAUCUCCAGAUCAAUCGCCACAAGACAUACUGCUGGAUCAGAUGUACGAAGCUGAUGAGAAUAUUGUUGGAGCAAUCUGUGGCACUGGAGUCAGUUACGAUAGAUACGGUCACAUUGGCGAAGCGAUGCCACCUCCACAGCCUUUCAACCUGGAGACUUACGACACUCUGAAAGACUUGUAUUGGUGGUAUUGCAAGAAUGAUGCUUACCACAGCUUGAUUAGCACUGACCCUUUGAUAGCCGAUGCUCCCUAUGGUUCAUUUGAUCAUGUUGUGCUACUUCUCGCUCGAAUCGCAGACUUUGCUGUUAGAGACAGAAAGAGAAAGCUCAAAGUCGAGAAAUCGAGUAUGGGAUCCCCACUUGAUAAUGGGAGACGCACAUCAAGCGCAUCCAACAAUGCAUCAGCAACGCCACCACCGAACAUGUUCUCUUCACGAGGAGUUUCACACUCACCAGCCAGCACGGCCUCCCACACAUACGACAGCAUAGAUUUGAAUCUUGCAACUGCAAACGCUCUUCAGGAAUGGAACAGUAUCAAAGCAGCCUUGGACUUUGUAGCUUCCAGUCUCGGUCCCUACUUCCAGCCCCUGGAUGCCGAGUACCAGCCUCAAAUCCACACACCGUUCGGACCAGCUCUCGUCUAUCGCUCCUACGAUAUCAGCGCCUUCUGGGCAACUUACAAUAUGGCCAUGAUAGCAGCUCUUCGCAAUCACCCAAAUAUGCCUCCAGCCGCCCACGUCGCCGCUGCCGCAGCAGCAGAACAAACAAAACCCUACGCCUUUUCCAUUGGCCGCAUAUCAGCAGGUAUGCAGACCUCGCCUGAAGACCAGCCGCUAGAUCCUAGGAUGGCCGCUGCGAUGAUCGAUAUGGUUAUCCCCCAAUUCUUCGCCGGCAUCCAAUACACCGAUGCCUCUCAGCGUGCCUACCUUGUCGAACGCUACUUUGAAACAGAUCGACGUAUUGGCUGGGCUACUGCCAGUAUCAUCGCUGAAGGAUGUCAGAGUGGCUGGAUCCGCGCCGCAGACGCAGGACGGGGACCACCCCAUGUACGCGUGAGCAAAGCCACCUUCUCCGACUUUAGAAUCGGGCGGUAUGGAAACGCUCAGGCGCAAGCUAGUAAGCAGCGGCUUUCUGAAUGGGACGCCGAGAACGACAGGAAGUUUGUCAAGACAAAGACUAGCGCGCGUGUACAUUGGGCUAUCGGGUUGAUGGGAACGGAAGAGGAUGUUCCUGAGGAGUCUGACUAG